AUGAGAGCGAUUCGUCAACGUCUUCUUGAAGCACAAAGGAGAACCACCGAGCAAGUCAAAGUGAUUCGUCAACGGUUGUUAACCGCGCAAAGUAGGCAAAAGAGUUAUGCCGAUCGUCGUCGCCGACCAUUAUCGUUUGAAGUGGGAGAUCACGUGUUCCUUAAGGUGUCGCCACGUCGGGGAUUAUCUCGUUUUGGGCAAAAGGGCAAGCUUUCACUGCGUUUUAUAGGACCGUUUGACAUUAUUGAGAAGAUUGGGGAAGUCGCGUACCGAUUGGCCUUACCACAAAAGUUAUCGGGCGUUCAUAACAUGUUUCACGUAUCGAUGUUGCGAAAAUAUGAACCGGAUCCGUCACACGUUCUUGAGUGGUCCGAACUAGAGUUGGAAGCCGAUGCAUCUUAUGGGGAGGAGCCGAUACGUAUCCUAGAUUCGUGUGACCUAGUUUUGAGGGGUAAGACCAUACCGUUGGUACGAGUUCUUUGGAGUAAUCUCAGAAAAGAGGAAUCGACAUGGGAAAGGGAAGAUGAGGUUAUGGAGAAGUAUCCGCAACUAUUUUCAAAUUGA